AUGUCUUGGACGCUUCUCCAGCGGUUCCUCGAAUCGGACGUCUUCAAUUCGAAUCCAUUUCUUGCUGUAUCCUACUUGACGCGCUACGCCGACCAUGUAGGCAUUCAGUAUGUCCUGUGCAACAAGCUUCGGCAGUUUCCGUACGAGGACAUUGAAUUCUUCCUGCCGCAACUAUGCCACAUCAUUAUAAGUGUUCACAAUGAGUCCAUGGCCCUGGAGGAGUUUCUCCUAGACCUAUGCGAAGAAUCCGUGACCGCAGCUCUCCUUACGUUCUGGGUAUUCCAAACGUACCUCCACGAUCUCUCAGGGCAUCCUCAAACCGAGUCGUUCCAGACAUGUGCUAGAGUCUACAACAAGGUCCAGCACAUCGUUUUCGGCCUUUCCGACACUACGCGCCAUGAGAAAAUUCGCGAUAAUGCUCUGCCGGUGACCGUGCUCUCGAGCUUCGUACUGGCCAGUAUUGCGGUACCGACCCUCCCUCAGUGGGCAGGACCGCUUGCCAUUGCGCAAGCGCGAAAGCCUCAGCCACCAGGAGACUUGAUAGCCGAGACUAGGCCCGAAAGUGCGAAGCCGACGAGGUCCCAGACUGUAACAGCGAACACGACGCGAUCGAAACGUACUCGGGAAGGAGUUCGGAGUGCCAGCGGCGGAAAGGAGCUUCCGUCCGCUGCUCGAUCGAACCGCAAGGCACCACCCUCAAUCGUGACCCGCCCGCCAGCCUCCCCAUCCUCGAAGAAACCCCCGAAGACAUCGGUCGAGCCCAAAAUCCAGUCCCAACUCGAAAUGCUGUCUCUUGAUGCCCGGUUAAGCUCAUCCUCGUUGCCGCUUCCCGACAUCCGUACUUCUAGGACUAUAACCCGACCCCCAACCCCAGUUUCGGCGGGGCUGGUCACGCGGUCAAACGACGCCCUUGCCCGGAGACAUUCGCACCACUCCAAAGCAAGAAGAGCUGCAUCAGACCUGACCCGAAUUCAAAAGACGAAGCUUCUCAGACAGCACUAUUUCAGGAGUGAAACCCAGUUUCUCACGGCUCUCGAGGCCAUUUCCAAUCGCCUCGUCAUCGUCCCGAAACUUGCACGGCUCAGCGCACUGCGCGCUGAGCUAGCUCUCAUCGCGCAAGACUUGCCCGCCGAAGUCGACAUCCCCGUCAUCUGCCCACCCACCUUGGUCAAUGGCUCGCCUAGCCAGAGUCGACAUCAUAGGAUCGUUCGGCUGAACCCGGCUGAGGCUACCGUUCUUAACAGCGCCGAAAAAGUGCCAUACCUCCUCAUGGUAGAAAUUUUACGGGAUGAUUUCACUUUCGACCCCGAUACUGCUGAUAAUCAACGACUAGUCAGUACCCUGCUUUCAGAAGAGGGCUCCAAACGGAGGUUGUUUGACAUCACGGACGCCCCGGGUAUCCAAUCGGUAUCCAAUUCAACGCCGCGCGCUUCCGAGUCUGCCGUUGAUAGCGUCUUCGAACCUACCUCGGGCGACCUCUCGAGCUCGGCCUUGAUUCGCUCGUCGGAGGACGACCCCUCAGCGAUACCUCUUCGGAGUCCGCACGCUGCCCCGCGCAUCAAAGGCGACAUCAAGCCCUCGACGCCGCUUCAAUCAUCCGACUUAGCUACUGCCUCUAAGAGCAUUGAUCGUCCCACCUCCAGGUCCGGGAGUCCCGGCCGGCGGGGACUCCAUAGGAGAAUGACGGUUCAAUCUCGCGUCAAUAUUACCGUCGAGCAGCCCGAUUUCUCGGCGCUUGCGACGCACAUGCGUACGGCGGCGCAGAUGCUAUCACAACUUGAAGCCACGAGCGGAAAAAGGCCGAGACACGAAGUGGAGGCUAUUCGGUCAAAAAUCAUAGCCAGCAUGCAAAGUCUAGAAGAACAAAGUUUCGACGUUGACGAUGGCCAUGGUCCGACCUUUGAUACGAUUAUGGCCAAGGCCAGCACCCAGUCCGCCGCCGCAGCGGUCGCAAACAACCCUGACCUUGAUGGCGACGCAGAUCUGGAACAACGCAAGGGCGAUCGCGAUGACCCUAGUGCUGCUGUGUUCGGUGAGGCGUGGCAGGCCAAGAAAGAGCGGAUUCGGGCGACGUCGCCAUACGGCUGGAUGAAGAACUGGGACCUUGUCAGUGUCAUCAUUAAAACUGGCGCCGACCUCCGGCAGGAGGCGUUUGCCUGUCAGCUAAUUGAUGUCUGCCACAAAAUUUGGGUCGAUGCUGGUGUUCACGUAUGGGUGAAGUUGAUGAAGAUCCUAGUAACUGGCGAGUCCUCUGGCCUCAUUGAGACGAUCACGAACGGGGUUUCCCUCCAUUCCAUCCGGCGAAGCCUCACGCUAGCCUCUAUCGAGGCGGGUCAGAACCCCCGACGCAAAAUGGCCACGCUGAAAGACCACUUCCUCAAAGCCUUUGGGCCGGAGGACAGCGAUGCUUAUAAGGCCGGCGUGGAUUCUUUCAAACGCUCACUUGCGGCGUACAGCAUCAUCUCAUAUAUCCUACAGCUCAAAGACAGGCACAAUGGCAACGUGCUCAUUGACAGCGAAGGCCACAUCGUGCACAUCGACUUUGGCUUCAUGCUGUCUAAUUCGCCCGGUUCCGUGGGCUUCGAGGCGGCCCCGUUCAAGCUCACGUAUGAGUAUGUGGAAGUGCUGGGCGGCGAAUCAUCGGCCGAAUUUGCCGACUUUAAGAGAUUGUGCAAACAAGCCUUCCAAGCCCUACGACGAUCCGCAGACAACAUCAUCGACCUCGUGGCGAUGAUGGGCCAAGAGUCCAAGAUGCCGUGUUUCUCGUCAGGAGUAGUAACGGCAACGAAUAGCUUAAGGCAACGCUUCCAACUACAGCUUAGUGCCGAUGCAGCCGAAAAUUUUGUCGAGACUGACUUGAUCGCUAAGUCCCUCGGUAGCUAUUACACCCGACUUUAUGAUACAUUCCAGUAUAGGACUCAAGGCAUCUACUAA